CUUAGGAGGACUGCAUGAAUAUGUAGUGCCUUGUGUUAAAGUCCCAGAGGAUUUUAAGUUACAUAUGAGGAACAGUUUGUUUCCAGAAACAAAGAAACCAGAUGAACACAGGGAAGUUCUUCAAUUGUCCGAAUCUAGUUCUUCUUGGAAGAGGGAUUCCAGCUCUGAUGACUCGGCCCCUGAUGAAGAGUAUAGACAUUCAAGAUCAUUGUACACUUCUUGAUAAGAAAAAAGAUUGGGUUAGGUGCAAUUAUUGCGCAAAGGAGAUCUAUAGUUAUACUGUCCUUAAGCAACACUUAGGCGGAAUACGUGGAACUAUAUCACCUUGCGUUGAAGUUCCAGAGGAUAUUAAGGUACAAAUGAACAAAUACAACCUACCCGCUUUGUUGCGGAAGAGGAAACCAAGUGUUAUAAUGGAGUACUCGGGAUCAGAGCAAAAAGAUGAGAAAUUACAGGUUAUGCCUAACCCCGAAAAGAAAAACAAAGUGAAGAAUAAAGAAGACGCUGAAGAUGACUCAUCCAGGCAAACCCAGAGGUGUAUCGGCAGAUUCUUUAUAGAAAAUGGAAUUGAUUUUAGUGCUGCAAACUCAUCUACCUUUGAGAAAAUGAUACAUGCUUUGGUUGGAGGUGAAUCCACGACAUACAAGGUCCCUAGUUGUGAUGAUCUAAAAGGGUGGAUCCUAGAGGGAGAACUGAAAGCAAUGCGAGAGCAUGUGCAGGAAGUUGUGUGUUCUUGGGGAAGCACAGGGUGCAGUAUAUUGCUGGAUGGGUGGACCGAUGAGAAAGGGCGGAAUAUGGUUAAUUUUAUAGUUGAUAGCUCACAGGGUCCCAUAUUCUUGAAGUCUGCCGAUUUCUCAGAUUCCAUUGGAGAUGUAGAUGCCAUGAUCUCAUUGAUAAGUGGAGUUAUUGAUGAGGUUGGAGUGCAGAAUGUGGUUCAAAUUGUCACAUACACUACCCUGGGUUCAAUGGAGGAAGUUGGUAAACAAAUGACAGUGAAAUAUAAGAGUAUAUUUUGGACUUUUUGUGCAUCUCACUGCAUAGGCCUCAUGUUGGAGAAGAUAGGAAUGUUGGCUACUGAGAGAGGAGUUCUCAGCAAAGCAAAUGCCAUUACUAAGUUCAUUUACAGCCAUGCCACAGUUUUGAAGCUCAUGAGGAAACACACUCAUGGGUUCGACCUGGUUAGUUCCUGCAGGAUAAGAUCAAUGGUGCCUUUUUCAAUAUUGCAGAUAAUCAAGUCUCAAAAGAAGAAUUUGAGGAAGAUGUUUACUUCGCCAGAAUGGAAGAACUUGACCUUGGCUUCAACAGCAGAUGGAAGGAUGGUGGCUGAUUUGGUCACCGGGGAGCCAUCUUUCUGGACUGAAGUCGAUAUGCUUUUGAAGGCAAGUAUUCCACUUAUAAAUGCUCUGCAUCUAAUUAAUGGAGGAGAUAGUAGACCUCAGUUGGGCUACAUAUACGAGAAAAUGGACCAGGUCAAGGAGGAAAUAAAAAAGAAGUAUGAAGGCAGGAAAACCAAAUAUGAGCCUUUUUGGACAGUUGUCGAAUGAGAUUUGGGAUGACCAACUCCAUAGCCCUAUCCACGCAGCAGGCUACUAUUUAAAUCCGGGUCUCUUUUACUUUAAAGAUUUCUAUGCUGAUAAUGAGGUCAAGGCCGGACUUCUGUGCUGCAUCGUGCGAAUUGUGGAGGAUGAACGUGAACAAGACUUGAUAGCAUCACAAUUCGAUAAGUAUAGAAAUGCUAGUGGAACUUUCGGCGAUGGGGAUGCUGUUGAUCAAAGAGCAACGCUUGCUCCAGCCCUGUAUGGAGGCGAAUACCCUGAAUUACAACGAUUUGCUAUAAGAAUUCUGUCUCAGACCUGUACUGGUGCCUUAAGAUAUGGUUUGAGAAGGAGUCUAACUGAGGAACUACAUAUGAAGGGAAGAAACUGUUUAGAGCAAAAACGGUUGGCUGAGCUGACUUUCGUUCACCAUAACCUCCGGUUGCAAAAUGUACUUGCUUCAAACUCAGAUUACACUCACAUAUUUCUUGAACCUAUCAGUCCAAUGGAUGAAUGGAUCGGAGGGUGUAGCAAGGAAGUGAAAGCAGCUGAACAAAUUUGUAAUGUCUGAAAUAGCUGGAUGUUCAGUAGAUAAUGACUGUAGUGAUGUGAAUACGUAAGUAGUCUUGUAGAGCUAGAGAAUUUAAUAUUGUAGAGCCAUGGAGCAUGGCUUAUUAACAGAGACUAAGAAUGAUACAUUGCGAUUUGGAGGUGGAUAGGAAGACCAUAUGCAUCAAUCAUGAACUCCUAUUUCUUUGAAUACAAAGAGUUACUGUUUCAUGGAAUGAAAACUCCAGAAAUAGUACAUAAAGCCAAGAAGGUGCCAGGUGGUAAUUACAAAAUGAUGUGUGAAUGGUGAUUAUUUCUGCAUGUUACAAAUUUAGAUGUAUGGUUAACUUAUUUUGAUCUCUUAAUAUGUCGAUCAAAGAUUUCUAAUUUUACCCUGGAGGGGUUUUAGGUUAGGCAAAUCUAUUGUAGGGAGUAUAAAUAUUGUAAAUUAAUGUUCUCAAUUCUUUAUA